AUGAUGCUGCAAAUUUUCAUAUUUUUGCUUCUUGGCGCUGUAUCAGCCGCUUUCGCCAAAGGAUGUCAACCUAUCACUAUUCCACUCUGUAAAGGUGUAGGCUAUAAUAUGACGUCAUUUCCUAACAGUUAUGGUCAUGAGAAACAAGAAGAAGCUGGACUAGAAGUUCAUCAAUUUUUCCCGCUAGUCGAGUACGGCUGCUAUGAACAUCUCCGAUUCUUCCUUUGCACUCUCUACACUCCUAUUUGCCAAGAGAAUUAUGACAGACCAAUCUUGCCAUGUAUGGAAUUGUGCCUUGAAGCGAAGAAACGAUGUAGCCCAAUUAUGCAGCAGUAA